UGAGUUCAAAAAAGACCAUUGAACGGGUAGGUCGUGCGUCGGUGCGGAAAAAAAUCUCGGAAAAAAGCCGUGGGUGAUUCGUCGUUGCGUCGCGCGUGAGUGUGUGUGUGUGUGCAUGUGUUGGCUUAACAAAUUAAUAAAAGCGCUAAAUAGAAUCCAAUAAUAUGUAUGUGCAACGGUUAUCGUAGCAAUUGUUGUGCUUGCAACUCACAAAAAUUUCACAAUAGCGCGACAGCCAGAGAGCGUGAGUGCCAAUUGCAAGACAAAAUGGCUGCAUUUCAACGCAUUUAAUGCGCGCACAAAAACAGCAACAACAGCAGAGAACAACAUACACAAAGCAUAAGCAAACAUCACAAUAACAGCGCUUGGCAAAAACAACAACGACAACAACAACAGCAGCAACACCGCUAAUAAUUUGAAAUUGUGAAUUUCGUUUUGGACGCGUUGCGAACUUUUUUUUUUCAUACGGUUUUUCGUUUUCUUUUCAUUUAUGUUUUACGCGCAAAAAUACGAGCAAAAAGUGAAAAGUAAUGCAUAAAAAUCGUAAAUCAUAAUACACAUAAAUUGGCAGUGUACGUGACGGGUGUUAAAAUAUAAUCGUCUUAAAUAAAGAAUCAUAAAAAUAAAAUAGUAAAAAUAUAAUAAUAAUAAUAAUAAUAAUAAAGUGGUCGCUUCGCCGUGCGUGCAAAAAGUGUUCGUACAAUUUUAUGGCCAAUGUCUGUGCGUGUGUGCGUGUGUGCGAAAUCGUACUAGUAAAUUUUAAAUGGAAAAUAGUUGCAGUUAGUUAAGAUUCGGCAAAACGAUCAGAAAAUAAUAAUAAUAAUAAUAAUAUAUAAAAAAAACCUACUGCCAAUAUUUAAAACAAGCAAAAACAAGACUUGAGGAUUUCACAGCCUUCGACACGUUGGAUUCCAUUUGCGUAUAAUGUCAUCAACAUGUGGAUUAAAUAUGGUUUUCAUGUCGAUCAUUUUCAUUAUCAUCGUAAAUGGCUACGCAAAAGAUAUUUCCGGAGUUGAAAGAGGUCGUGAACGACUCAAUGAAUACAUAUCCCACUAUGAAACACUCAACUAUGAUCAUGAGCACAUUAGAGCUAGUCACAAUAGAGCGCGUCGAUCGGUGACCAAAGAUCAUUUUGUACAUUUAAAGUUUGCAGCACAUGGAAGAGACUUCCAUCUUAGAUUAAAACGUGAUUUAAAUACAUUUAGUGAUAAGUUAGACUUUUAUGAUAGCAACGGCCCCAUUGAUGUCUCAACGGAUCAUAUCUAUGAGGGCGAAGUGAUAGGGGAUCGUAAUAGUUAUGUAUUUGGUUCCAUACACAAUGGGGUAUUCGAGGGUAAAAUUAUAACGGAACGUGAUGCCUAUUAUGUUGAACAUGCCAAACAUUAUUUUCCCACAAAUCGCACGACGGCGACGGCGACGACGACGACGACCACCGCAACUGCAUUGUCCUUGACGACAACGGCGUCCACCAGCACACUAGACAACAAAAAAACUGCCAUUGUUAAUAAGACAGAAAAGUUCAUAAAUAAAAAUGCUGAAACCACAUCUACAAGUGCAUUCCCAAUGUACCCACGCAGCAGUUCCGAGCAGCCAGAAUCAACGACAAUGUUUUCACCGACUACCGCAACAAAUGAGUCUGUGGAUGGGGAUAAAAAUGCUGCCGGUGCACAGGACGAACUUGAUUUCCACUCCAUUAUCUAUAAGGAGUCACACGUUGAGGAUGCCUACGAGAAUGUGCGCGAAGGUAAUGUGGGCGGCUGCGGCAUUACGGAGGAGGUCUCGCAGUGGAUGGAGAACAUACAAAAUUCAGCGGUUGAGGAGCUGCCUGUGCCCAUGUCAAAGGAUGUCCAAAAGCUGCACCGGAAGCAGCAGCACAAAAAGGCUGCUGGUCCCCAACAACAGCCACAGCAGCAACAACAACAACAACAACAGCAACAACAACAACAGCCACAUCCUCCCAAGAAAUACGCCAGCGGCGAUGAUGAUUUCAAAUUUCCACAUCAGAAGUAUACAAAGGAGGCAAACUUUGCCGAUGGUGCAUUCUAUGAUCCGGAGACCGGUCGUCGAUUGGGCUCUACGGCCAAUGUCGCCGAUUGGCAUGAGCUGGUCCACGAGCGUGUGCGUCGCGCCACUGGCGGCAACAAUGCCGGCAGUGGCUCCAAUGCCAGCGGUUCGACCAGCUCGGCGGGCCCCGGACGUGGCCGUGAGGAUAACAAAAAUACCUGCUCGCUGUAUAUACAAACAGAUCCAUUGAUUUGGCGCCACAUACGCGAGGGUAUCGCCGAUCACGAUCGCGGCCGCAAGUACGAGGUGGACGUGAAAACCCGUGAGGAAAUCACAUCGCUGAUUGCACAUCAUGUGACGGCCGUUAAUUACAUUUACCGCAACACAAAGUUCGACGGACGCACCGAGCAUCGCAACAUACGCUUUGAGGUGCAACGCAUUAAAAUCGACGACGAUUCUGCCUGUCGUAAUGCCUACAAUGGCCCGCACAAUGCAUUUUGCAAUGAGCACAUGGACGUAUCGAACUUUUUGAAUCUCCACUCGCUAGAGGAUCACUCAGACUUUUGUCUAGCCUAUGUAUUUACCUACAGAGAUUUUACGGGCGGUACUUUGGGCCUGGCCUGGGUGGCCAGUGCAUCAGGCGCCUCCGGCGGCAUCUGCGAGAAGUACAAGACCUACACGGAGACUGUGGGUGGUCAAUACCAGAGCACCAAGCGCUCCUUGAACACGGGCAUCAUCACCUUUGUCAACUACAACAGUCGCGUGCCACCAAAAGUAUCGCAGCUGACACUUGCCCAUGAAAUUGGACACAAUUUUGGAUCUCCGCACGACUACCCGCAAGAAUGCCGUCCUGGUGGUCUAAAUGGCAACUAUAUUAUGUUUGCCAGCGCCACCUCAGGUGAUCGUCCAAACAAUUCGAAGUUCUCACCGUGUUCUAUACGCAACAUUUCCAAUGUACUGGACGUGCUAGUGGGCAAUACGAAACGCGACUGCUUUAAGGCCUCGGAGGGCGCCUUCUGUGGCAACAAGAUUGUGGAGUCUGGCGAGGAGUGCGACUGUGGUUUCAACGAGGAGGAGUGCAAGGACAACUGCUGCUAUCCGCGUCUGAUCAGCGAAUACGAUCAGUCGCUGAACUCCAGCGCCAAGGGCUGCAAGCGUCGCGCCAAGACGCAGUGCUCACCCUCGCAGGGACCCUGCUGCCUGGCCAACUCGUGCGCGUUCGUGCCCACGCACUAUCACCAGAAGUGCAAGGAGGAGACGGAGUGCAGCUGGUCGAGCACAUGCAAUGGCACCACCGCCGAGUGUCCGGAGCCGCGGCAUCGCGAUGACAAGACCAUGUGCAACAAUGGCACCGCCCUGUGCAUACGCGGCGAGUGCAGCGGGUCACCCUGCCUGCUGUGGAAUAUGACCAAAUGCUUCCUUACCUCGUCCAUGCUGCCGCACGUGGACAAGCGGAAGCUGUGCGAGCUGGCCUGCCAGGAUGGCAACGACACGGCCACCUGUCGCAGCACCAGCGAAUUUGCCGCCGAAUAUAAUAUACAGCCGGGUGGCAUCAGUCUCCAGCCGGGCUCACCCUGUGACAACUUCCAGGGCUAUUGCGAUGUCUUUCUCAAGUGUCGCGCCGUCGACGCCGACGGGCCGCUGGUGCGGCUCAAGAAUCUGUUGCUCAAUCGCGAGACGCUACUCACCGUUGCCGAGUGGGUCACGGGCAACUGGUAUCUGGUGGUGCUAAUUGGCGUUGGGUUCAUUGUCGUCCUGGGCGCAUUCAUCAAAUGCUGCGCCGUCCACACGCCCAGCUCCAAUCCGAAGAAGCGUCGCGCCCGUCGCAUCAGCGAGACGCUGCGUGCGCCAAUGAAUACGCUGCGCCGAAUGCAGCGUCAUCCGAAUCAGCGCGGAGCCGGACCACGCAGCAUCCCACCGCCUGCGCACGAGGCGCAGCAUUAUCCCCGAGGAGGUGGAGGCGGUGGUGGCGCUGCUGGCGGUGCAGCCGCUGCUGGACGCCACGGUGGUGGCACACGUGGUCAUCAUCAUAAUGCGCAUCCGCACGAAUGGGACCGGCAUCAGGGCGGGCACUCGAUAAUCCCACUGCCCACGGGAGGCGGGCAUUCCAGUCGCAGCUCGGCCGCCAAUCAGGCGCGACGCAGCGAUGGACGCGGCGCACGGCCCAGCAGCAGCGGACGCCCACAGGCCAGCGGUCGAUCUGGGUAUGGAGCUGAUCAAGCGGGCGUGGGUGCCAUUGGUGGUGGUGUGCAGGCGGCCAUCAGCAGCGGCGGCGUUGUGGCGCGUGCUCAGCUGCCGCUGCCGUUGCCGCCGGCAAAUGCACAGCAGCAGCAACAGCAACAACAACAACAACAACAACAACAACAACAAGUACUCUCACCGCAACAACAACCGCAAGCGUUUUAUGCGCCGAAAGAAUUACCACCGCGCAAUAAGUCCCGCUCAUCGCGUACCAACAACAACACCACCAACAACACCGCUGCCACGGCCACGCCCUCGACGGGCGCGAGUGGUAGCAAGAAUGCCAAAAGUGCCAAAGCCAAAGACACAGCCCAACAGCAACAACAACAACAACAACAACAACACAACAAACACAACAGCAGCCGUAGCCGCAGCAGCAGCAAAGACAAAACGGCCGCAGCCGCCGCCAAGACACGUCGCAAUAUUGUUUACUAAAGAAACAAACGGGCAUGGAACGCGUGGAAUUGGAACGCCUCAAACAUGCCAUAUUGAAUACUAAAUACCCAGCACAUGCCUCCAAACCCACGCGCUUGCGUGCCUUUUCCACUAUUCCACGAAACGCUUUCCCCCAUCAGAAUUCGCUAAGCAAUUGGUGCAUCUUCCGCUCUGCUGUUUGGGCCAUAAAAUGUUUGUACUUUGACUGACUUAAAUACAAUUAAAUUCUGAAAUGUAUUUUUAACUUUAAGUGUGGCAACAGUUUUGACUGCUUCGAUUCGAUUUUAACAAUUUUUAAGUAUUUCUCUUGAAUAGGUUUUUUAUUGCAUUGAAAUUGAAAAUGAAUUUUACAAACUUUUUAAACUCUUCUUCUUUGACAAUUUGAAUAAUUUUUCAUUCUUGCUAAACGGCAAGAAAAACCAAACUUGUAAAUAGAAAAAUCUCUAAGAAGUACACAAAAUGAAAGAUGCAUUAAUUAAGUAAAACAAAAACAAGUUUAAUUGCAUAAUAAUGAAAAAGAAAAGAAAAAACCGAAAUAUGUUUAACAGUAAUUACUUAAAUUGAUAUAUAAAAUAUGUAUUAAAUUUAAAUUGAGCAACAAAGCAAACUAUGCUAUUAGUUUAUCGCAAGACAAGAA